AUGCUCAUUGUUUUUAUGUUACCUCUGGUGUUAUCUCUUCGUUGUCAAAUUACAACGAAGUACACAUUUGUACGUGGGACAACUACAAUACCACUCCCUUCUGUUCAUUAUCCCCAUAUCACUUUUACGCCAGAGCUUGACGGGACGUUUUUUAUAUCACAGACAGAGACCGGCUCGGAGAUUUAUGUGACUGUGUUAAGACCACAAGACAUUACUGUUUGUGUGGUCGAGACUGACGACACACCAUCGCGACUUACAGCAAAAGUGUUUUCACUGAAUUACGUGUUGAAGUCGAUUGUCCCUGGAAUUCCUCUUUAUUUUGUGUUAGUAGCGAUUGUGUUUAUUAUUGUGAUAUUUAUUAUGUUGAUCAAAGCCUUUGGGUAUGUCGUCGCCACCGUUACCGACGUUUAUUUCAAUCAAGGAAAAAGACUCGAAAAGUAUUUCAAUGACAAGUUUGGGAUCAGCCACGAUGAACUUGUCGCAUUUUUAAUACACAAAGGUGUUGUUCAAGAAAACGCAGAGUAUCUCAUGUGA